CCAGCAAUGCGCAUACUCUAUUCCUACCGCUUUCCACAAGCUUCGCGUACUUUCUUUCUCUCGUCUUCUGGAACAACUCGCUCCUUCACUCCUUUUGCCGAUAAUACUACCGCCGCACCUCUCCAAUCUUAGCAUAUCACAGCGCUACUUGCCGGAAAGAGAAACAAACCGCCGUCUUUGUUGCAACCGAUGGCUUCAGCACUCCAUGCCCACGAUCUCCGCCUACCACCUCCUCUGCCGAGGAGUCUCCGUCGAAUUACCUUUUCUUCCGCCUUCACAAUUCCCUCUAAGUCGAUGAAAACUCUAAAUCCACUCAAGUGGUCGGAAACCCUAGUGAAAGACGAUAUCUUUGUUGCGAAAAGAUUGGGGAGGUUUUCCACUGGCGGCAACAGGCAGCGCGGCGUGAGAUGCGAUGCCUCAUCGAAAGAUGGGAGGAUUACUCAGCAGGAGUUUACAGAGAUGGCAUGGCAGGGGAUUGUUUCAUCGCCGGAGGUUGCGAAGGAGAGUAAGCAUCAGAUUGUGGAGACCGAGCAUUUAAUGAAGGCGUUGUUGGAGCAGAAGAACGGUCUAGCUCGCCGGAUUUUCUCCAAGGCUGGAGUUGAUAACACUCGCCUUCUUGAAGCCACGGAUAGUUACAUCCAGAGGCAACCAAAGGUCCUCGGUGAGUCAGCUGGUUCCAUGUUGGGAAGGGACUUGGAAUCUUUGAUUCAAAGAGCUAGGGAGUUCAAGAAAGAGUAUGGAGACUCCUUUGUGUCUGUUGAGCAUUUAGUGCUUGGUUUUGUAGAAGACAAAAGGUUUGGAAAACAUCUCUAUAAGGACUUUAAGGUUUCUCUACCAAUGUUGAAAUCUGCCAUUCAAGCUAUAAGGGGACGUCAAACUGUUAUUGACCAAGACCCCGAGGGUAAGUAUGAAGCCUUGGAGAAAUAUGGUAAGGAUUUGACAGCCAUGGCACGCGAAGGGAAGCUUGAUCCAGUUAUUGGAAGGGAUGAUGAGAUAAGGAGAUGUAUACAAAUAUUGUCUAGGAGGACUAAGAACAAUCCAGUCUUAAUUGGUGAACCUGGUGUCGGGAAAACUGCCAUAUCUGAAGGGCUUGCUCAGAGAAUAGUUGAAGGUGAUGUACCCCAAGCUUUGAUGAACCGCAGGGUAUGUACUCUUAUGUCUAAGGAUUGGAUUUAUCCUGGGUGCUACCAAACAACCCCGUUGUUGGAAAAAAAUGUGUUAGUGAAAGUAUUUGGUGCUACAAAUGGUGCCAUGGAUGCUGGCAACCUGUUGAAGCCAAUGCUAGGCCGUGGUGAGUUGCGUUGUAUUGGAGCAACAACCCUUGAUGAAUACCGUAAAUAUAUUGAGAAAGACCCAGCAUUGGAACGUCGCUUCCAACAAGUGUAUGUUGAUCAACCUACCGUUGAAGAUACAAUCUCUAUACUCCGUGGGCUGCGGGAAAGGUAUGAACUUCACCAUGGAGUACGCAUCAAUGAUAAUGCGCUGGUGGAUGCUGCAGUUCUUUCUGAUCGUUAUAUCAGCGGCCGGUUCUUGCCUGAUAAAGCUAUUGAUUUAGUUGACGAGGCAGCUGCCAAGUUAAAAAUGGAGAUCACAUCCAAGCCUACUGCUUUGGAUGAGAUCAAUCGAUCUGUAAUUAAACUAGAGAUGGAGCGACUCUCUCUCACUAAUGAUUCAGAUAAAGCCUCAAAAGAGAGGUUGGCUCGUCUUGAUGCAGAACUUUCACUCUUGAAAAAAAAGCAGGCUGAACUCACUGAACAAUGGGAACAUGAGAAAUCAGUGAUGACAAGAAUUCAAUCCAUCAAGGAAGAGAUUGAUAGGGUGAACAUAGAAAUUCAGCAGGCAGAGCGUGAGUAUGAUUUGAAUCGCGCAGCUGAACUGAAAUAUGGAAGUCUGAAUAGUUUGCAGCGUCAACUUCAGGAGGCUGAAAAGGAAUUAAAUGAAUAUCAGAGUUCGGGGAAAUCAAUGCUCAGGGAAGAGGUCAGAGGCAAUGACAUUGCGGAGAUAGUCAGUAAAUGGACAGGCAUUCCAGUUUCCAAAUUGCAGCAGUCGGAAAGAGAGAAGCUCCUGCAUUUGGAGGAAGAACUACACAAACGCGUUGUGGGUCAAGAUCCGGCUGUUAGAGCAGUGGCUGAGGCUAUUCAAAGAUCAAGAGCAGGUCUUUCUGAUCCUCACCGCCCAAUUGCUAGUUUCAUGUUUAUGGGCCCAACAGGAGUUGGCAAGACUGAACUUGCUAAAGCUUUAGCUUCUUACAUGUUCAACACAGAAGAAGCUCUUGUGCGAAUUGACAUGAGUGAGUACAUGGAAAAGCAUGCAGUUUCUAGAUUGAUUGGAGCGCCGCCAGGAUAUGUGGGAUAUGAAGAAGGUGGCCAGCUGACCGAGAUUGUUCGAAGGAGACCUUAUGCUGUCAUUUUGUUUGAUGAGAUUGAGAAGGCCCAUUCUGAUGUGUUCAAUGUCUUCCUUCAGAUUCUUGAUGAUGGUAGAGUGACUGAUUCACAGGGACGAACAGUGAGCUUCACCAACACGGUCAUUAUAAUGACGUCCAAUGUUGGAUCGCAGUACAUAUUAAACGUGAAUGAUGAAAUGAAUUCAGGUGUUUCUGCUUAUGAAUCCAUCAAGCAGAGAGUUAUGGAGGCAGCCCGUGCAAUAUUCCGUCCGGAGUUUAUGAAUCGUGUUGAUGAGUAUAUUGUUUUCCAGCCUUUGGAUCGCGAGCAAAUUAACAUUAUUGUCAGGCUGCAGUUGGAACGCGUUCAAAAUAGACUUGCAGACAGGAAAAUCAAGAUUCAGGUCACUGAUGCAGCUAUAGAACUGUUGGGAAGUCUUGGUUAUGACCCUAACUAUGGUGCCAGGCCAGUGAAGCGUGUGAUCCAGCAGAAUGUGGAGAAUGAAUUGGCUAAAGGUAUCCUGAGAGGGGAAUUCAAGGAUGAAGAUAUCAUAGAAGUGGAUACUGAGCUCACUGCCUUCUCCAAUGGCCAACUUCCCCAGCAAAAAUUGGUUUUUCGGAGGCUGGAACCAGGUUCCUCGGAUCAGCCAUCCACUGAGAAUCAAGAGGCUCUCUUGUCAAGCAGAUAAUUAAAUUUGGGUACUUUUUCUGAUUCCUUACAUGUACUGUUAAGAGUAAAUCUGUGCAAAUAUAGUUGUAUUUGUAUACUAUUGAGUUAUUUAUAUAUCUUCUAAGUUGUCUUGUUCUCUGCAAUAAAUGCGUUCAUUUUUGAAUUGGUAGGAAUCCAAUGAAAGAUUAUGUAAC